AUGGCUUUGUCUACCGGGCACAUUGCCAGCCAGUUACGACACCUCAUCUACUACCAACUCGACAAUAACCUAAUCCGUAAUGCGCUCUUCCUCGCUGCGCGCCUCCAUGCCUACGAACCGCGCUCCUUCGAAGCGCAAUACCUCCUCGCCCUUUGCCAUCUACACAACGGAGAAGUGAAGGCAGCAUUUGAAUGCAGCCAACAGACGGGCUCACGCGGACUACAUGCCGGCUGUGCCUAUGUAUUUGCUCAGACAUGCUUGGACUUGGGUAAAUUCCUCGAUGGUGUUACGGCUCUAGAGCGUAGCAAGAACCUCUGGGCCACCAAGAACCAUUGGAAUAAACAUAGUGAAACCCAGCGACAGCACUUGCCUGAUGCUGCAGCUGUUUACACUCUGCAGGCGAAACUUUGGCAUGCUCAUAAAGAUUUAACCAAGGCGGUUGACUGCUAUGUGGAGGCGUUGAAAUUGAAUCCCUUCAUGUGGGACGCUUUCCUUGGUCUUUGCGAUACGGGUGUCAACAUUCGAGUGCCGAAUAUCUACCAACUCAGCCCAGAACUACUUGCAAUAAUAUCUUCAUCGCCGGAGGAAAUGCCUACUAUGCCGGAGACAUCAGCUUACGGGGAAAGUAGUUUUCCUAUGCAACCUCCUGUUGAUACCGAGUCCGACCCUUUCAUGGUCUCUGCCUCCCGUGGCGAGACCGAUGCCCCAUUCGGGAGCUCUGCUCUUUGGGGGAAGUUAAACGGGAGCUCUGCCAACUUUACCGCGACAGCCCAGCCGCUAUUCCACGAGGGACUGGAGACACCAGGUGGCCAAAGCAGUGGUUCUGAUGACUUCCGUAUCGCGAAUGGAGUAACCGACCCGGAAGGAGGAUGGGAAGCACCUUUGGCGCCGGCCCGGAAGACACGGACGAUCCAGAGCAUGAGCCUCGAUAAUACUGGACAACCUCCGCCGCGAAUGCGCCCAACCGGCAUUAGACCUCGACACAAAACACGAACCGAACCAGAGGCCCCGGCAACCGCCCAGGGAGAAAGAGAUAAUUCUCUUGCAUCAAGAUUCGGCGACCGCAAGCGCACAGUCUCUGGACAAGUCGCUCAUCCCCCACCCCCUUCACAACCAACUGAACCAGGUGCUCCACAACGCCGGAGCGUUCGCCUGUUCAAUCAAAUCAAACCCACUACCAGCAAGCUUUCAAGCAGCACACUCACUGGUAGAGAUGGCCGAGAAAUGAAGAGAUUGAGAGGAGGGCAAGCGAAAGGACGAGCUGGAAGCGCGCCUACUGUUGGCCGCGUAGUGAGUGGUAAUCGAAAACCUGCGGAAACACCCGACAAUGAUGGCAAAGACAAUCGUUCCGGGUUUUCGCAACCGAUUUCCAACGUUCCACCCUUACCAAGGAAUGGUGAAAAGACGAAAGAGCUCGAAGCCUUGGAUUGGCUUUUAGGGCUUUUCAAUAAACUUGCAUCUGGAUAUUUCGCUUUGAGCCGUUACAAGUGCGCUGAUGCCAUUAGCGCUUUCAAUUCUCUUUCUCAAGGACAGCGUGAGACCCCUUGGGUUCUUGCUCAGCUGGGGCGUUCGCACUUCGAACAAGCAAGCUACACAGAGGCCGCGAAAUACUUUUCCAGGGUCCAAAAAUUGGCACCCACUCGCCUAGAGGACAUGGAGAUCUACUCAACUGUCUUAUGGCAUUUGAAAAGUGAUGUUGAGCUGGCUUACCUGGCCCACCAGAUGCUUGAGGCCGACCGCCUCUCCCCCAGGCGUGCACUCAAGUGCUUCAAGCGCGCAACCAUGCUCGCUCCUGAAUUUGCCUAUGCCUUCACGCUACAAGGUCAUGAAUAUGUGGCUAACGAAGAGUACGACAAGGCAUUGGAAGCCUAUCGCCAGGCUAUCAACGCGGACAAUCGACAUUACAAUGCAUGGUACGGACUGGGAACAGUGUACGACAAGAUGGGCAAGCUUGACUUUGCUGAGCAGCAUUUCCGCAAUGCAGCUAGCAUUAACCCAACCAACGCAGUUCUUAUCUGCUGCAUUGGUCUGGUUCUUGAAAAAAUGAAUAACCCCCAGGAUGCUCUGGUUCACUACGGCCGGGCCUCCUCACUGGCCCCCAACUCCGUGCUGGCCAAGUUCCGCAAGGCGCGCGUGCUGAUGAAGUUGCAUGAAUACAAGUUCGCUUUGGCCGAACUGAAGGUGCUGAAAGAUAUGGCGCCAGACGAGGCAAAUGUGCACUACCUUCUGGGCAAAUUGUACAAAAUGCUCCACGAUAAAGCCAGUGCUAUCAAGCACUUCACCGCGGCGUUGAACUUGGAUCCUAAGUUCAACAGGCGGCACAAUACAUCAAAGAUGCAAUGGAGUCGCUGGAUGACGACGAUAUGGAAGAUGAGGACAUGGCCUAGACUUGUGAUGUCUAAGGCCUUUCUUCUGGGCUCUCACCAUAUUCCCCGCAAGUGGCCCGGUGACGCCGUCAUAUGCACCUGCGAAGGCGAGUUAUCUCCGGGUACUUCGCCGCUGACCGCAUGCUUUACUAGAUCAAUAGCCGCCAUCAUGUCUUUUAGCUCUUACAUUAUCUCGGGCAUUAGCUCUUUCGUCGUGGUGACCCUUUCCCUCUUUGCACUUGGCCAGAAAGUGCCCCGAGCCGCAUUCUUUGCCCGGUGCCUCGCCUCAUAUGGCUCCCUCCUGGUCGUCGCCGCGUACGGCGUGGUCGCCUCGAUCUUCCUGCGGCUAGUUGGAUAUGGUCGUGUCUCGCAGUGGGCGGCUGGCCGUGGAUUUAAGUGGGUGAUGCGAUUGACGACCGGCGUUACGUUCAAGGUUGUCGAAGGCGAAGAAUACCUCACCACCCGCCCGGCUGUCUUCAUCGGUAACCACCAGACCGAACUGGAUGUGCUGAUGCUGGGCUGUGUCUUCCCACCAUACUGCAGUGUCACUGCGAAGAAGUCUCUGCGCAAUAUUCCCUUCUUGGGUUGGUUUAUGUCUUUGUCACGGACCGUAUUCAUUGAUCGUGCCAACCGUGAGACAGCCCUCAAGGCUUUCGACGGUGCCGCCAAUGAGAUGCGUGAUCACCGACAGAGCGUUUUCAUCUUUGCCGAGGGUACCCGGAGCUACUCCGAUGAGCCUACUCUUCUGCCUUUCAAGAAGGGUGCUUUCCAUCUUGCUAUCAAGGCCGGUGUGCCGAUCGUGCCUAUUGUGACGGAGAACUACUCUCACGUGCUGUCGCCUCGUGCUUGGAGAUUCAACUCUGGUACUAUCAAUAUCAAAGUCUUGCCUCCUAUUCAGACUCAGGAUCUGACAUCUGCCGAUGUUGACAAGUUGACCCAGACGGCGCGAGAAUCGAUGCUCAAGACGCUCGCGGAAAUGUCUCACGCUCAGAAGAUUGAGGUUGACGCCUCUCGCGCCAACGGUGUCUCUAGCGCCAUCGAAAUUUAA